AUGGGCCGACGCAACUUGCUGCUGAUGGGAGCCAUUGGCAUGUGCGUGUGCCAGUACAUCGUCGCUAUCACCGGCACGGUCGCUGGCACCACCAACCUGCCUGCCCAACAGGCCGCCAUCGCUUUCGUCUGCAUCUACAUCUUCUUCUUCGCCUCCUCGUGGGGUCCAGUCGCGUGGGUCGUCACGGGCGAGCUGUUCCCGCUGAAAGUGCGUGCGAAAUGUUUGAGCAUGACUACAGCCACUAACUGGCUACUCAAUUUCGCCAUCGCCUACUCGACCCCGUACUUAGUCAACGAGGGUGACGGCUACGCGAACCUCCAGUCCAAGGUCUUCUUCGUUUGGGGAUCGUUCUGCUUCGUGUGCAUCGCAUUUGUCUGGUUCAUGAUCUACGAAACCAAGGGCUUGUCCCUUGAACAGGUUGACGAGCUGUACGGGAUUGUGACCAAGGCGUGGCAGAGCAAGAGUUUCAGGCCGCAAGUCAGCUUCCAGGAGGUGUCGGAUAAGAGGGGCAUGAGCAUGAGUGAGAUGGCGCAGGAGACGGAGAGGAGGCGGAGCAAGGCUAGUAUUGAGGGGACGGAGAAGGUUUAG